AUGUGCCACACCAGCUGCUCCGCGGGCUGCCAGGCUUCCUGCGGCUCCUCCAGCCCCGGCCAGGUGUCCUGCUGUGUGCCCGUGAGCUGCAAGCCCGUGUGCGUGCCCGUGAGCUGCAGACUCGCCGUGUGCGUGCCAGUGAGCUGCAGGCCCGAGUGUGUGCCUUCCUGCCAGUCCUCCACGUGCGUGCCUGUGAGCUGCAGACCCACCGUGUGCGUGCCCGUGAGCUGCAAGCCCGAGUGUGUGCCCUCCUGCCAGUCCUCCGUGUGCGUGCCCGUGAGCUGCAGACCCGAGUGUGUGCCCUCCUGCCGGCCCUCCUGCCCCACCCUGGUCUGCAGACCCGUGUGCUGUAGCUCCCCGUGCUGCUUCUGA